AUGGGAGCGGUGUGGUGUGCGAAGCGCGAGGCGGCGCGGCGCAGUGCGGCGCUAUCGAGCGGGCCCACGGCGGGGCGCGGAGGGCGCGGGCGGGGGCGCGGGGCGGCUGGCUGCACGCGGCAGUGUGCGCUGAGCCCCCGGGAGCGCGGCAUGGGUGGCGCGCUGCUGCUAGGGCUGCUGGCGGCGGCGCGGGCUAGCGAGCCCAAUGCCACCGAACUCAGCCCCUCGCCGCCACCAGAAGAAGAGAAGACCCCGCUCUUCCCCAUCGACCUGUUCACGGACGACCAGCGGCGGUCGGGAGCCGUGCUGCUCCAUGUCAUCGGCAUGGGUUACAUGUUCGUGGCGCUGGCCAUCGUGUGCGACGAGUUCUUCGUGCCGGCGCUGGACGUGAUCAUAGAGCGGCUGGCCAUCCGGGAUGAUGUGGCCGGCGCCACGUUCAUGGCGGCGGGGGGCUCCGCGCCGGAGCUGUUCACCUCCAUCAUCGGCGUGUUCGUGUCGUUCGACGACGUGGGCAUCGGGACGAUCGUGGGCUCGGCCGUGUUUAACAUUUUGUUCGUGAUCGGUGCGUGUGCGCUGUUCUCUAGAACGACUUUGACACUAACUUGGUGGCCCCUGUUCCGAGACUGCUCCUUUUAUUCCGUCAGCCUUCUCGUGUUGAUAUAUUGUUUCCGGGACAGCGAGAUAUACUGGCAAGAAGCGCUGGUGCUGUUCUCGCUGUACGGGGCGUACGUGAUGUUCAUGAGGUGGAACCAGCCGGUGGAGCGAGCACUCAAGAAGCUCAUCUACAAGAACAAGGUGACGCGAGUGCGGAGUACUGAUCAGCUGAUGCCAACGGUGAGCUCGCCCGCACACACCCAAGCAUGCUAUGUUGCAGUUUGGCACAGAUUUGGCAAGCGUUCAAUUCUCUCCUAUGCCAAAAACCUUCGAUCAUUUCCUUCUCUAGACACAAAAGAUGUCGAUUACGACACACAUGUAAGCUUAAGAGUAGAUGUUUUAUUCAGAAAAUCGAAGAUAUCGAGGUAA